AUGGACAUCUCAACAGUCACCAACGAGCGAGCCCGCGACGGAUUCAUGGACAACGUGUCCUGGCCGUUCAAACUUACAGUAGGAGGAUGUGUAUACACCUUAAUCUCACGUGGCUACUGGGGUGGAUCACACUACUGGUGUAAAGUCCUGCAGACUCACGGGAAGACCACUUGGGUCUGGUUGCACAACAACGCGCAAAACGAUGGCUAUGCUCAUCUCAUAAGCGCUGUUCCUGGAUCAAUAGCCGGAGCGGACAAGUCUACCAGCUUUUUAAUGUACUCACGUGCCUGGGAUGCUUUAGAAGAGGAGCAUGUUCAAGUUGCCAUUCAAAAAAUCAAGCACAGUCAUCCAAACCCACCAGGUGAAAUGAUCUUCAAGAAACUCAAGAACCUUCUGACUAUCUCGGCUGAUGCAGAAAGUGAUGCCGGCGGUGACGAUGAGGAUCUCCAGACAUGCAAACAACCCGAUUCAAACCAGGCACCCUCGGAGACCCGCCAGCCCAACGAUGAGGAUGAGGAUGAGUACGAGGAUGAACAACAGUUUGCCGUGUUUGAAUCGGACUUUGUGGGACUUGCCAAAGAAGAACAACUGGUUACUCAAUCGUAUCGAACCAAAGGAGAGCAGACGCCUGCACCCAAGCCGGAGCAGGUGACCAAACCCGAGAAGCCCAGCAAACCAGCCAUCAAGCGCAAAUGGAAGCCAACCAAGGUCAAGGUCAAAAAAGAUCCCCCAACUGUGAACAAGACUGCUGUCAUUAAAUCCGAGCUCGUCCCUCCCAACACUGCGGAUCCUGCUGAGGAGCGUCCAAAGGUUGACCCGAAGAAAUCCGAGAUUGUCCAGCCCCACACUGCUUAUCCUGCUGAGGAGCUUCCAAACGUGGUCCCGAAGCUUGUCCUCCGGCUGAAGGUGAACCCACCCAUUGAACAAGGCGCAAAAGCUCCUUCAUCCCAGCCGAAACUUACCAGCCCCAAGAUCACCCAAACAGAAAAAAAAGCUCCAUCAACCCAGCCCAAACUUACCAGCCCCGAGCAGAUCACCCAGCCAAAGCGUAGGUCUCAGAGAAUGAAGGUGAAGAUGUAG